AGUGUGAAAGCAGCCAAAAAGCAAGCCUGGGCCGAUUUAGCCUAUCACGAAAAAGAAGAAUGUGGUAAUAAUAAUCUAACCAAACCGAAAAUUGCUGUUUACUUUUCUCCUAAUCAAGGAGGAAACGAGCAUGCUGACCUUAUUUAUGUUAAUGAGAUUGCUAAAAGUUAG